AUGUCCUCGCCGCGAACUACACCUCUCCAGUCAACAAGAUUAAUCCUUAUCGGUUAUUUAUUAAUGCUGAUACCUAAAAUCUAUUCCUUACCAUUAACCUGGUCUCGUAUGUCUUCUAUGGCAACGCCGUCAUCUUCACCAGCAGCAUCCCCUCCUCCAUAUGAAGAUACCACGGAUAUAACUACAUACGGGAUCAUUUCUGCUAUAUUAGUAGUACUAGGUGGUGUCUUUGCCGGAUUAACCCUGGGUUUAAUGGGCCAAGAUGAGGUCUAUUUGAAAGUCAUUAGUACGUCAGGGACACCCACCGAAAAGAAAUUAGCAGCGAGAGUUUUAUCAUUGAUUUCAAGGGGUAAACAUUGGGUACUUGUCACUUUACUCUUAUCAAAUGUUAUCACUAAUGAAACGUUACCCAUCGUUUUGGACAGAUGUCUUGGUGGUGGAUGGCAAGCUGUCCUUUCCUCUACAGUUUUGAUCGUUAUCUUUGGUGAGAUUAUUCCUCAGAGUAUUUGUGUAAAGUAUGGUUUACAAGUUGGAGCUUUCUUCAGUCCGUUUGUGUUGCUUUUGAUGUAUGUUAUGUACCCUGUUGCUUAUCCUAUUGCUACCUUGUUGGAUUAUUUGUUAGGUGAAGAUCAUGGGACGAUAUAUAAGAAAUCUGGAUUGAAAACUUUGGUUACUUUACACAGAACUAUGGGUGUGGAAAGAUUGACCCAAGAUGAGGUUACAAUAAUAUCGGCCGUCUUAGACUUGAAAGAGAAAAGCGUCAAAGAAAUCAUGACUCCUAUUGAAAACGUAUUUACAAUGAGCGCAGCUACCAUUUUGGAUGAUAAGACUGUCGAAUUAAUAUUCAAUUCUGGGUUUUCACGUAUUCCAAUUUAUUUACCAAAUGAACCAAAUAACUUUAUUGGUAUGUUAUUAGUGAGGGUUUUGAUAUCUUAUGAUCCCGAUGAUGCUUUACCGGUGUCUCAUUUUCCGUUGGCUACUUUACCUGAAACUUCACCAAAUACUUCAUGUUUAAAUAUUUUAAAUUAUUUCCAAGAAGGUAAGUCACAUAUGUGUAUUGUCAGCAAGGAUCCAGGAUCUUCACAGGGUGCUAUUGGUGUUUUAACUUUAGAAGAUGUCAUUGAAGAACUGAUUGGUGAAGAAAUUGUUGAUGAAUCUGAUGUGUUUGUUGAUAUUCACCAACAUAUCAUGCGUUCUCAACCGGGUCCAUUAAGUAAGAGACAUAUUACGUCAUAUUUACAUCACUUGUACACAGAUUCCCAUAGAAAACAUCAACAAGAUGAAGCAAAUUCUCUGCUGGAAGGACCUCAGGAGCAACAAGGAUCAGAUAAUGAAGAGGGUAGCAAGAAGAGAAGUGAAAGUCAACCAUUACUACAUACGCCUAAUAAUUCUCAUGAUGUUUUGAAAGAAGGAUACUCGUCGACAUUAAAACCAUCUAUCUCAAUUGCAAGUCCCACAGGGAAUGGACAUACUAAUCAUUAUAGAUCAAGAAUCUUCUCAACGCCUUCAACGUCAGAAUUUCAACAGCAUAACCAUAGUAAUUUAGUCUUACCUUCUAAUUUAGCUUCAAACCCAUUAGAUAUCAAAAAACCAUUUGUUACUAUCAAAAAACCAGUAGAGAAUAUUCAAAAACUGACAGAUGACGAAAAUGCUUUGUUAAAGAAGCAUGCCAAAUUAGCUCAUGGAGCUAUGGAAUAUGCUAGUCAAUCAGGAGAGGCAGUUCAGGUAACCACAUCCAUGACUACUAACACUCCAACCAAAGACAUAACUACACCGGCGAAUUCAAGUAGUAGAAGUUGGCAAUCAAGUGAUCCUAAAACUGAUAAUAAGUCCAUCAACAGCCCCCGAAGGAGCCCUAUCAAUAAAAAUGUGACAACAAUUUCAUCUUCUUAUCAAUCCACUAAGAAUGGUAUCGUGGAAUCUGUCAUUACGGUGAAAGGGGUACCGAAAACAAUCAUCGAACCAGCUCAUAAUUGGGAUGAUUCCAGUCAUUUAGAAACUACCGGAAGUGAUAGAGAUAAUAUAAGUCAAAGAUUAAUUCUUCAAAAAUCUCCAUCUUCACAAAUUGAUGAAAUUUCUGUCUCUCCGAACACAAGUAUUCAUAAUGAAAGCGAAUGA